CCGUGUCGGCGGACAAGGUGAAGAUUGUGAGCUGUAACAGCAAGCGGCCUGGGGAGGUUUAGGUGGUGCUGUGGCAGGGGUUGACUUGGUUUCAGGUUUCUUUUAUGCGCUCGGCUGGUUUGUCUUUUUUUUUUUUUUUUUUUUUUUUUCUUUCUGAAAAAUGGCGUUAUAUGCAUUACAGCCCAGAUUCUUUGUGCAUAUGGGUGCGGGGCAAUGCGAAUUGUGUGUCUUGCUGGGUUUGGGAUUGGGCGUUUGAUAUGGGGUGUGUGUGGGCUUUUGUUUCUGAUGUUGGGGAUGAGAUCUGGGGGAGAAAGUGAUUUUCUUAUGCUCUUGUUGCGAGAGAAAGAGUGGCUUUUAGAAG